AAACAAAGGUAGAAGAAGAAGAAGAAGACGAAGUGAAGAGUGAAAAAAAAUAAUCUAAAGUUUAGCUUUUUUUUUCUGAUCAUCAAUCAUCGAGAGAAAAAAAAAAACUUUUUUCAUGUGAAGAAGCUUAUCAAUCGAAGAAGACAAUCGUCAAAUGCUUCACUUUGGUUCCCUUUCUUCAUCAGAAAACUCGAGGUAGAUCAGUUCUUUGAUGGGAUGGGACACCAAAUCACUAAGUGUUACGAUACCAUCAACUACUACUAGUAAGUGCAAUCCUCAGAGUAACUACAAUGGCUUCUUCUGGACUGGGAAAUGGAGUUGGCAGUUCGAGAUCUUCCAAAGGUGUAAAGGCCUCUUCUAGUUCAGUCGAUUGGUUGACAAGGGACUUGGUUGAGAUGAGGAUAAGGGACAAGGUCGAGACUGAUGAUGAGAGGGAUAGUGAACCAGAUAUUAUUGAUGGUGCUGGCACUGAACCUGGCCAUGUGAUUAGAACCACACUACGUGGACGAAAUGGCCAAUCAAGACAGACAGUCAGUUACAUAUCAGAACAUGUAGUUGGUACUGGUUCCUUUGGCAUGGUUUUCCAAGCCAAAUGUAGGGAAACUGGGGAGAUUGUUGCAAUCAAGAAGGUUCUACAAGACAAGCGUUACAAGAACAGGGAGCUACAAAUUAUGCAGAUGCUAGACCACCCCAACGUCGUUGCUUUAAAGCAUAGCUUCUACACGAGAGCAGAUAAUGAAGAGGUUUAUUUGAAUCUUGUCCUUGAGUUUGUGCCUGAGACCGUCAAUCGGGCUGCAAGAAGUUACACUAGGACGAACCAGCUCAUGCCUUUGAUAUACGUUAAACUCUACACCUAUCAGAUUUGCAGGGCGCUUGCUUACAUCCAUAAUUGCUUUGGUCUUUGCCACCGAGAUAUUAAGCCUCAGAACCUGCUAGUGAACCCACAUACGCAUCAGCUAAAAAUAUGUGAUUUCGGGAGUGCAAAAGUGUUGGUGAAAGGAGAACCCAAUGUUUCUUACAUCUGUUCUAGAUACUAUCGUGCUCCAGAACUCAUUUUUGGUGCCAGCGAAUACACUCCUGCAAUUGAUAUAUGGUCAACUGGUUGUGUGAUGGCUGAAUUGCUUCUUGGACAGCCUCUGUUUCCUGGUGAAAGCGGAGUCGAUCAGCUUGUUGAAAUCAUUAAGGUUUUAGGUACACCAACGAGGGAGGAAAUUAAGUGCAUGAAUCCAAACUAUACAGAAUUUAAAUUCCCCCAGAUAAAACCUCACCCAUGGCACAAGGUCUUCCAAAAACGUUUACCACCAGAAGCGGUUGAUCUUCUAUGUAGGUUCUUUCAAUAUUCCCCUAAUCUGAGAUGCACAGCUUUGGAAGCAUGUAUUCAUCCGUUAUUUGAUGAGCUAAGGGACCCAAACACUCGUCUUCCCAAUGGCCGGCCACUUCCUCCGCUUUUCAACUUCAAACCUCAAGAACUAUCUGGCAUCCCUUCAGAAAUCGUGAACCGGCUUGUACCAGAGCAUGCCCGUAAGCAGAACUUCUUCAUGGCUUUGGAUGCCUAAGCGCUUAUCAGUUCCCUUUUCUUUUUGCUUAUGUAUAAACUUACUCUCAUGAUAUUGGUAUUUGGAGCCGCCAGAAGGCAUUGUACGCCUAUCUUGGCUUUUGUUUUUAGUGAGUUGGUUAUCGGAGGAUGCAUGAAUACAAACAGGAGUUACUUGAGGUUGCUACUGGCUAUAAGACCUCUUGUUUGUUUCACAGCCCGUUUUUAUAUAUACAUAACCCUUUCUAUUGCAAAAUUGAUGUUUGGUUUCUAAAGAUUUUGAAGUAGUUUUGA